AUGAUGUCACAAGCUACUCCUAGUGCUACUCCCGUGAGAAAUGCCAAUGGACAAAAGAAAGGCAAGAAGCUACCAUUAAUUGUUGAUGUUGCAAUCGGCAAUAAUGGUAAGCAACUUUAUCAGGUGCACGAAUCUUCCAAGAUGGUAAGGAAGGAAAUGCCAAGAUCCACCAAUUUUGCAUUGAAUGAUGACAUUUCCGACGAAGGGUUUUUUAUAAGCCAAAGAAAUGAAGAAAGAACUCCCAUUAGAAAGACUUUGGGUACUUUGUCUCCAUCUAGUCUCAAUCAGAAAAGAAUUCGUGAUGAUGUGUACGACCAAGGAGAUGACAACAGCAAUGACAUUGAUUGCCAGAAUAUUGUUUAUGAGCAACAACAACAACCGCAACAUCAACCCAAUAUGUAUGAGAACAGUAAUGUUGGUGUUGUUUCCCAUGACCCUGCUGCUGCUGCUGGUCACUAUGGCAAUACUCCAAUUCAACAUAUACCUACAGGUGCUUAUUCGCGUGUCCAAGACAAUGACAUAUGGUCAGAUGAUGUUGAAGAAGCUUUUGAAGAAGUGUUGAGACUUAUUCCAAAAAGUGGCUUGAACAAAAUAAAGAUUGCCGGUAGAUCUUGUGGUAGAAAUGAAUUAAUAUCUGAUUACAUUUUUGCCAAAACUGGGAAAUUCAGAACAAGAAAACAGGUGUCUUCUCAUAUUCAAGUGAUCAAGAAUUUAGGUCAAAAACUCGAUAUAAUCCAAUUGAUUAAUGAUGGUCCUAUCUUCAACAGUCAUGAGGAACAAGUGGAAUCAACCAGGAAAUUUGAAGAUGUUUUUUCCAAAAUUAAUUUGAACAAGUCUCUUGGAUUUAGCGAUUCAAUGAAAAGAAAAAGCGAUUCAUUACCCAUGCAUCUUCCAGCUACAAAGAGAAUAAGACGAAAACAUUCAGGCAAUCCUUUGAAUAAAAUUAAAUUUAGCAAUUUCUUCAUGUCUGUUAAUGACCAAUAUGGUAUGAAUCCAAUUGUUUUGACAAUUCAACAAAAUGGCAACGAUGUUAAAAGCUUGAAAUUGAAAGACAAUGCCAAUAUUUCUAGCAGGUUUCCUGGCUUAAGUGAUUUCAAAACAUGUCCUCAUAUUCCAAUCAUCCAUAAUAUGGUGAAAAUAUUGCUCCCGCAGUUGCCAGAAUCAUAUAAUAUUGACAAUGGGUUUAGUUCUAGUUAUGCCUUAAAGUAUGAAGAACCAGAAAACGCGUCACCUACACAUGCCAGUAUUAUCUCGACUUCGAAAACUUACAGUUUAUUCACUUGUGUAUAUUCUUAUGGUAACGAAAUUGUGAAAUUUGACGAAGAUGGUAUUCAAUUGAAUCAAGACCGUGAAUUUAUACCAGGAUUUUGGAAAUUCUUUUUCGGUACAUUUGGGGAUCAAAGUGACGAUGGCGGCUUUAGUACUGCUUUCAAAGGUGUUACCAUUAAACAAAUCCUCUAUGAGUCAAGUCCAAAUAGUGUCAAGAAAGAACAAGAUGCUAGCAAAGUUAAUAAACUGAAAGUCAAAUUGGUCUUACUUUGGGAAUUUGCAAAGGUCAGUGAAUGCAAAGAUGCUUUGACUACCACCACAAAAUUGGUUUUACCACCACGAGCACUGAAUCCAAACUCAAAUACCACUCAAGAAGUAUUUGAAUACUCACAGCCAGCUUUAAACUCGAUUGGAGGCACUCCAACUGAUACCACCAGUCCCAUUAUGGAUUUGAAUAAUCUGAAUUUGAGUGGAGCAGCAACUACAAUUCCUGGUAUACGAGACACCACACAUUCCGCAUCAAUGCCAGAUAUCAAUGAAUUACCAUCUUCAGGUAAGCCACAAAUGAAAUUACAAAAGACGUUCCAAUCGAUGCAACAUUUGCAACCACAUCAAAUGUGGCAACAACAACAACAACAACAACUGCAACUAUAUGGUGGAUAUAACAGCUCUAUAGCUUCACAACAACUCAAUACUUCAUUGACUUCACCUUAUGCUCAACACGGUAUGCCAGUACCACAACAACCACUAGCAGCUUUUGCUCCUUCUGCUGGAGUCUCCUACACACAUAAUAGCCUACAUCCAUCUGCUAAUAUGGAUCUUAUGAUGCUUUCUUCUGUGAAUGGUAAUUCCACCAUUGGUCAUGAUUAUCAGUUUGGUAAUAUGGGAUACACAGGAGGAUUCACUAGUGAGUUUUAA